GGAAAACUCUCAACUUCAAGAUGGGAAACAGGCACAAGUUCACUGGGAAGAAAGUCACUGAAGAGAUUCUCUCAGACAACAGGUACUUGCUGUUGAUCCUGAUGGAUGCAGAGAGGGCCUGGAGUUAUGCCAUGCAGCUGAAGCAGGAGGCAAACACGGAGCCUCGCAAGCGGUUCCACUUGCUGUCUCGCCUGCGCAAAGCGGUGAAACAUGCUGAGGAGCUGGAGCGACUCUGUGAGAGCAACAGGGUGGAUGCCAAGACAAAGCUGGAAGCCCAGGCAUACAUGGCUUACCUCACAGGAAUGCUUCGUUUUGAACACCAGGAGUGGAAGGCAGCAAUGGAGGCUUUCAACAAAUGCAAGACCAUAUAUGAAAAACUGGCCAAUGCUUUCACAGAAGAACAAGCUGUGCUGUAUAACCAGCGUGUGGAGGAGAUCUCACCCAACAUUCGUUACUGUGCCUACAAUAUUGGUGACCAGUCUGCUAUGAAUGAGUUGAUGCAGAUGAGACUGAGGUCUGGUGGCACUGAAGGUCUUCUGGCAGAAAAACUGGAGGCACUGAUCACCCAGACUCGAGCCAAGCAGGCAGCCACCAUGAGUGAGGUGGAGUGGAGAGGAAGAACAGUUCCUGUCAAGAUAGACAAAGUGAGGAUCUUCUUGCUGGGGCUGGCUGACAAUGAAGCAGCCAUUGCUCAGGCAGAAGAUGAGGAAACAAAGGAACGUCUGUUUGAGUCUUUGCUCAGUGAGUGCAGAGAUGCCAUUCAGGCUGUUCGGGAGGACCUGAAACCAGACCAGAAGCAGCGGGAACACUCUCUGGAAAACGAUUCUGGGAAGGUGUCCAACAUCCAGUAUUUACACAGUUACUUGACUUACAUCAAGCUGUCCACAGCCAUCAGACGCAACGAGAGCAUGGCCAGGGCCCUGCAGAAGGCCCUGCUGCAGCAGCCACGUCCCGAGGAGGACGGGAAGCGCGCCCCGCGGCCCCAGGACCUGAUCCGCCUCUACGACAUCAUCCUGCAGAACCUUGUGGAGCUGACACAGCUUCCUGGCCUAGAAGAGGACAAGAACUUCCAAAAAGAGAUUGGAUUGAAGACACUUGUGUACAAAGCUUACAGGUGUUUCUUCAUUGCACAGUCCUACGUCCUGGUAAAGAAAUGGAGUGAAGCUCUUGUUUUGUAUGAAAGGGUGUUGAAAUAUGCCCGUGAAGUUCAGGCAGGAGCUGGAGCUUACACCAACAGCUUGAAGGAGCUGCCUGAUGUUCAGGAUCUGAUCACUCAAGUCAAUGCAGAGAAAUACUCCUUGCAAGCAGCAGCUAUAUUAGAUGCAAAUGAUACUCAUGAGGCUGAAUCUCCAUCUCAGGUCAAGGAUGGCAAGCCACUCUCAGAACGGUUUGAGACUUUCUGUCUGGAUCCUUCUCUUGUCAGCAAGCAAGUCAGCCUCGUGCACUUCCCUCCUGGCUUCCAGCCCAUUCCAUGCAAACCCCUGUUCUUUGACCUAGCCCUUAACCAUGUUGCUUUUCCACCUCUGGAGGACAAGGUGGAGCAGAAGGCCAAGAGUGGCCUCACGGGAUACAUCAAGGGCAUCUUUGGAUUCAAAAGUUAACCAGGACCCCCUGAGGAACCAGAGGUUUUAUUCUGUAUUGAAAGAAAAGCUCCAAGAGGCUUUAGGACACAGAUCCCUGCACCUGAAACCAACAGAGGGAAGUUUUGCCAUCUUCUUCCCUGUGUUCUGUGUAUAUUCCCGUGCACUUGUCUUCUCUCCCAGUGUCUUGAAGACAAACAACCAGUUCAGAAAUACACAUGCACUCUAUAAAUAGCUGAAAAUAAUCUGGAGCACAGAGAAAUCACAUUCUGCUUUGGAGAAGAUGGAGCUUGCUUGUGACCAGGGGCCUGUUCAGGGUUGGUACACAUCUACUUACCAUGGACCAGAGCUUUGGUAUAACUUGGUUCAUCCCUCUGCCCCAUUAUUUGACA